UUCGAGACCAUCUCGGCAGGAUGCGUGACACGUCGAACAUGGCGGAGCGUCGGCGGCUGCUGCAGCAGCAGCGCAUCGCCGUCACCUUGUUCCUGGUGCUGGCCUGCUUCCUGCUCUGCCACGUGCCGUACAUCGUCUACUCCACCGGCCUGGUGCUCGCCACCGACCGCAUUCCGCUCAUCAUGAACCCCAUCUCGUACUGGUGUCUGUACAUGAACUCAGCUCUGAACCCCAUCACAUACGGCGCGCGGAGUUCCUCGUUCCGGGAGAGCUACAAGAACAUACUGCUCGGCCGGAGCCGUUCCCAGUUCGCCAACACAGGGAGCAUCAGGAGCUGCGGCGGCAGCACCAGGCUGACGCAGAAAACUGGCACUAGCGCUUCGCUCAAGAAGCUUCGUCUGCAGGUCUCUCGGCCGCUGGUGACGUUCCAUCUCCGGCCCAACUGGUCCGACGAAUGCCUGAGUCCAGCCGUGCUGAACACGGACAGGGUGUGAGCCGCGCGCGCGCAGACCGCGGCUCGCGGCCGUCCAGCCCACAGCCGCGCUCUCAUCACCGCCGGCGGCCAGCGCCGAGCAUCGCUUCUGCGAUCUCUGGAAAACACAGAGUUGGAGCGCGCUGCGCACCAUCUGGCAGGGCCGCAGCGCUGCACCGGUGGUUUUCCUUCGAGACACUGACCGGCGACCUCUUGGCCGCUUCCGGCAUCUCCACACCUUCGUCGAAGUGAUUGGCUGGUCCCGAUCGUGUCGUGGGAGUGACCCUCCGGGAGACCGGGUGUUACCGGCCACCGAGCGGCACGUGGCGCCCAGCCCUGCUCGGUACGGGAGAGUCGUGACGACGCUUGGCCCGCCUCCCGAGGCGUGACUGCCUGGUGACAGGCGACGCAGGCCCGCCGUGCGAAACACCCCUGCUACCCGGCUAACCCGACGGCGAGGUCGGAUCAGUGCGUGGACCAGACUGGUGGCAGCGGAGUUGGCUGUCUGAGAUGAGGGCAGAAGUUCGGUGCAGGCGUCUGGACGAAGGUGGAUAGGGUGGCGCAGCGUAUCGUGACUUUGGUGUGCUUAACGGCGCGGCUGAGAACGGCCUUUGCUCGGGUGUUGGGCUGCCUGCCAUCUGUCCCCAUGCAGGGUGCCAGUCACGUGACUGGUGAGGUGGGAGCGAGUGACGCCCCCCUGCCGAUCAGUUUCCGUAACCGCCGCACUCUACGCCGAAUGUGGCAAUGAACCCACCCGUUGUAACCGUCGUAGUAUAGCCGGCAGAUUCUCACGCCCAGUGAUCUUUUGACGUCAUUAUUGAUCGGAAAGCUGUGGAGUGACGGAAGCUCGCGGUGUCCAGCGAAAGUCGAUGAAGGAGGGCCAGCCAGCCAGACAGCUGAAACGCCCGCUGAGAGACUGCAUGCAUCAUGCAGCAAGG